AUGCUGCUGAUUCUUGCUUGGGGGUUCAAUUUGUGGUAUCAACCACCACCACCUACUGCACAAACUGAAAAAGAAAUUGAACAUACUAUUAAUUCUCACAAAAUUGUCAUUUAUUCUAAAACUUAUUGUCCAUUUUGUGACGAAACCAAACGUUUAUUGAAUGAACAGUAUCCUCAAGAAUCGUACGAAGUCAUUAAUUUGAAUAUUCUCGAUGACGGAUUGACUAUUCAAAAUCAAUUGUAUGCCACUACUGGCCAAUAUAUGGUGCCCAUAAUUUUUAUAAACGGACAACAUGUUGGUGGAAAUUCAGAAGUUCAGAAAUUGCACACCGAUGGGAAAUUGCAAGAGUUAUUAAAUCCUUAA